AUGGCGUCUCAUUCGCGAGAGCCAAGCCUAGAGAACGAAAAGACACUGGUCGCUACCACCAUAAGGCUUCCUGAGAGUCCUCAACCCGGCCAUGCAUUCGGAGAUGAAAUUCUAGAUCGCACCUCAGCAAAUACGACCGCUAACGAAGAGUCAGGGUCUGAAGAAGCGUCGCAGCCCGUUGAGGAUGACGAGACUGCAGAUCCGCUGCCUCAAAACAGGCGGCUGAUGAAAGAAUUAGUCUCAAAGGCCCAGAAGAUCCCGGAACCCGCUUUCGAUACAAAUGUGGUCAAGACCUACGGAUCAGCCAUUCGACCGCUGUGCCGCGCUUUGGAAGACUACCGAAGUCGCCUCCCUUUGGCGGCCCCUUCAGACAGCGAUGCUCGCCAUCCGAAAAUCGUUUUGAAACAUUUCUCUCAGCUGCUCAUCACAGACCCUGCGAUUACCGGAACUGCCCUUGACUCGUCGUAUCAGAACAUACUCGGGUUCUUCGAGGGGCCGCCUUCGUCGCCAUAUGCAGGAGGGGUCUUCUCAGUCCUGAUCACGCCACCAUCCAAUUACCCUUUCCACGCUCCGAAAUGCCAGUUCUUGACCAAGAUGUACCAUCCCAACAUCGACUCGGAUGGGAAUAUCUGCCUGGAUAUCCUGGGGAAGGAAUGGUCUCCGUGGUUCCAUUUCGGGGGCGUCAUGCUUGGGAUCUUGUCCGUUCUGACGGAUCCGGGGCUGGAGGAUCCGCUUGUGCCUGAGAUUGCCGUCACGUAUCUGACGGAUCGCAAGCAGUUCAACGAGGACGCUGAAUUGUAUACGCGCAAGUAUGCGACUUUGGAAAACGCGCUGUCGCUGUUGCCGGAGCUCCCAGGCAAGGAGUCGGGCCAAGUAGAUGAGUUGGCAGAGAAAUUGGGCACUGCCACUCUGGGCGCCUAA